CUACACCGGCAUUUACAGUAAAAAAAACCAUACCAUAGCAAAUUCCACGUGUAGCAAUAAUCACGUCCAAAAUGCAAGGCUUGGGAGUCAGCCAAAUGGGUCUAAUACCCGUCGUGGUGGCUCUAGCGAUCUUGAAUGCAGGUUCGGCCAGCGAAGUUCCACGUCCACUGGGAGUCUCACUGGCCAAAGCUUCACUGUACCAACCGCAGGCCGGCGACCAGAGUUGGACCUGUCUGGAUGGCAGCCGGAGCAUACCCUUCGCCCAGGUCAACGACGACUACUGUGAUUGUGCGGACGGCAGCGAUGAGCCGGGUACCGCCGCCUGUCCACAGGGACAGUUCCAUUGCCUCAACAAGGGCCACCAGCCGGUGGAUAUACCCAGUUCGCGGGUCCAGGACGGGAUCUGUGACUGUUGCGACGGCAGCGACGAGUCACAGGUGGUCGGCUGCCCCAACACCUGCCUGGAACUCGGUGCGGCGGCUGCUGUUCAAAGACGAAACGAGGCAGAGCUCCACAAACGAGGAGCCGAAAAGCGCCUGGAGAUGAUCACCCGCGGCAAGCAGAUGAAGGCGGAACGCGAGGCUCGCCGCCUCGAGCUGGACCAGCGGCACAAGGAACAGGUGGUUCUGCGCACCGAAAAGGAGCAGCUCAAGCAAAACGCCGAGGCUCUGGAAAAGGAGGCCAUUGACAUCUUCAAGGCGGAGCAGCGCGAAGUGGACGCGGAGACCGCUCAGGCGGAGCAGGAGCCCCAGCAGAUGCGUCAGGAGGCCUCCCUGAGCUUCAUGCGCUACGACACCAACAAGGAUGGCUUCGUCGAGGUAACAGAACUGAUGGUGGACAUGAAUCUGGACAGGGAUCGUAACGGUGUGGUCACCAUCGAUGAAGCCAAAUUCUUCCUGGACGAGCGCGAACGCUUAGAUCUGGAUGCGUUCGUCACACUCGCCUGGCCAAGGAUUAAGCCUUUGGCAAUGCUGGCCGAGGGACUGUUCCAGCCCCCGCAGCCGGAGGAAGUUGUAAAGCAGGAAGAGGUCACCACCGAAGGUAUCGAGCCCACACCGCCAAAGCCAAGCGAAGAACAAGCUGAUCUGGCUGGCGAAGAAGAGAUUGAAGCCGACGAAGAGGGCGAGGAGGAUCAGUACGAAGAUGAAGAACCCGAUGUGGGCGUGGGCGAGGCCUCUCCUGACGUGGAGGAAGUGACACCGCCAAACUACGAUCCGGAGACGGCACGCUUAAUUCAGCAGGCCAACGAGGCGCGAAACGCUCUGGAGGAAGUCGAACGCAGCCUGCGCGAGAUCGAGCAGGAGGUUAAAGAGAUUGACGAGCAGAACAGCAAGGGUUACGGCCUCACCGAGGAGUGGGCGGUGCACGAUGGCCAGUGCUACAACUUCGAGGAUCGGGAGUAUGUCUAUACCCUCUGCCCCUUCGAUCGGGCUUCUCAGAAGUCAAGGAGUGGGGGACCCGAAACCACGCUGGGUCGCUGGGAUAAAUGGAUCGGCGAGCCCAAGAAGUAUUCGCAGCAAAAGUACACCAAUGGAGCCGCCUGCUGGAAUGGUCCGAAUCGUUCGGCCAUCAUCAACAUCAGUUGUGCUUUAGAACCCAAGAUCACUGCCGUCAGCGAGCCCAAUCGCUGUGAAUAUUACUUUGAAUUCGAGACUCCUGCCGCCUGCGACAGCGAAGCUUUCCAGGCGGAGGCGGAAAACCUGCACGACGAACUUUGAAAAGAUCAGCAAUCAAGGAUAGGUGUGUGCCUGGCAUACGAAGAUUAGAGAUUUGGGGAUUGUAUUUUAGUUUUAAAGAAGAAUAUUAAUUUUGUCGAGAUCAUUCCCAAGCUGUUGCAGGAAAAUCAUCAAGAAUUGUAGCAAAUUAAAUCAGUGUAUGCAUUUAAGCAAAAAGUACAUCAAGUUUCAUUUUGAAUAAAGUGUAACUAAAUAGUAA